AUGCUUAAAGGAUUAAGACAAAAGGCACUGUUGUUGUCAUUAUCAUCAACCUCACUGGUACAAAGUACAUCAUCAAACAAUACAAAUUCGGAAGCAAACUAUGAGAAAAUUAUUUCACAAGUACAUGAUUUUGAAAUCGCACUUAAAGCAAUGGAUUAUUUGUUAGAUGAUCAUUCUCAAGAAGGUAUUGUACUCUUGAAAAAAGAAUCAACCAAGAUAGGUAAUGAUCCUCAACAACCUCAUGCUAUCUUUCCACUAGCUUUAGGUGUUAUGGAAUUUAUUGAAGCUACUUUAGGGUUUGAACCUGAAGUAAUGGCUAAAGCUCAUAAAACAUUAUCAGAAGCUGAAACUGUCAGUUUGAAUAAUUCCAAAUAUAAUGUUAAACAUCAAUUGGCUACUUCUAAAAUAUAUCCACCAGGUACUGAAUUUCAAGUUACUUAUGCGGAAUCUACUUUAUUGAAUGCCUUAUUGAUGUUAUUGACUGAAAAUAAUGGAAUGGUUGAAAGCGCAAAGGCUUUAUUUAAAUUACGUAAAGCUUAUCAAACUUUAGAUUCAAUUCAUAAACGAAUUAAAGAUCUGGAAAAAGUUUUCAAUAAAAAUAUUCAAAAAUUAAGAAAAGAAGCUCAAGCAGUCGCAAAUGGUUCGAAACCAUAUGGUGAUGGUAUAAUAAGUUUGGGUAAUCAUUCAGUAAGUACUGUAGAUUUACCUGGAUUUGUCAAUAAUGGAAGCAGUCAAAAUAGUUCUUCAAGUUCAUUAGCAGCUGAUUUGAAAUUAAUUAAAGAUUUAGAAAAGAUUUAUAUGAUGAGAAAAUCAAGAAUUGAAGGUACAAGUUUAGGUAAUAAUAUCAACCCAGAUAAAGUUGAUUUAUUCCAUGUUCUGGAUUCUUCACUCUUGAAGAAUGGAGAUGAUAUUAAUGUUGGAACUGCAUCAACUGCUUCAUCCAAAGAGGGCCAAGAAGAGAAUGAAGAAUCUGAUGAUGAUGACGAUGAAUUCUCAGAUGCUUUGGAUAGUAUUGAACCAAGCAUUCCUAUUGAUACCACUCGAGAUAUCCUUGCCUCAAGUGCCACCUCUAUUGUAUCUUCAAUAGACACAACCCCUAGCCUGUUUAGUUCCAAUCAAGUGCGGCAAUUACAAGAUGACCAUUUACAUGUUUCAACUAUUGAUGAAUUUAUUCAUUCUGGGGUUCAAUUAUGUUUUGGUAUUUUACAAGUUGUAUUGUCAUUAAUCCCUCCAGCUAUUGGGAAAGUUCUUUCUAUUGUUGGUUUCAAAGGUGAUAGAGUUACUGGAUUGAAAUUAUUAUGGAGAACGGCAAUUACUUCUAGAAAUAUUCAUGGCGAAUUAGCACUUAUUUUCUUGUUAGUUUUCUAUGAUGGACCAGUUCAAUUUGUUGAUGUUGGAUUUAAAUUACCCGAACAAGAAAAUUCCAACGCCAGAUCGGUGAUUCAAUUGGAUGGAAAAGCAUCUGUUUCUGAAGCUGAAUUAGAUGUAAUCUUGGAAUCCCCUUCAUUACAUACUAAUCAAUUAUUACGCAAAGUGAGAAAAUAUUUCCCUCAUAAUGCUCUUUGGAUCUUACAAGAAGGGAGAAUGUUAGCCGCUCAAGGUGAAUUACAUAAGGCCAGUGAAUUGAUGCAAUCUUUUACUGACGAUCCUAAUAAUAGAAUCCAGAUGCAACAAGUCGAAGCAUUAUUGAUCUUUGACAGAGCUAUGGUUUAUAUGUUUCAACAUGAAUAUGACAGGGCCGCAAAGGAUUUGAUUUAUUUGAUUGAAAUUAAUUCUUGGUCUAAAGCAGUUUAUUUAUUUAUGGCUGCUUCUUGUUAUUUGGAAAAAUAUAGAUCUAUUAAGAUGGGUAUUUCUAAGGUUGACGAUAAGCAAAGUGAGCUUGCCAAAUAUUCGAAAUUAUUUGAAAAAUAUAUGAAUUUAGCUUUAAGUUAUGUUCCAGGUCAUGGUGCUAAUGCCAGCAAAAAAGGUGGUAUUGGAGGUAGUGGUAAGCAAAUGCCAUUUGAUAAGUUCUUAUUAAGAAAAUAUGGUCAUCUUGAACAAAGAAAGAAACAAUAUCCAAACUUACCAUUGGUUGAUUUAGUUGGUAGUUCAUUAUUACAUGAGUUAAUUUAUUUCUGGAAUGGUUAUAAUAGAAUGACAAAGGUUGAAUUAGCUGACUCAUUGAAAUUAUUAGGAUAUUCUGGUUCAGCUGAUUCCUUAUAUUCAGCCAAUACUGGAUCUGAUUCAUUUGCAUUAAUUAAUGAAACUGAAGAUGAAGCAAUGAUUAGAUAUUUCUUACAAUCUGUAUGUUUAAGACUGUUGGAUAAAGUCAAAGAAGGAUUAUCUGUCUUGGAAACUAAUGUCAUUUCAAAAUAUGUUACAUCUGAUACUCCUCAAUUCAAAUUUACCAAAAUGACUUAUUCACCAUACAUUUAUCCUACUGCAUUAUAUGAAAAGACGAUGUUUGUGUGGGUAUUAAGAACUCAAACUGGAGGUAAGAUUGAUGUGAAACAUGCAGUUGAAGAAAGUAAGAGUUGGUUAAAGAAGGCUGAAACUGUAGGUGAAGGAGAUUAUGAAUUGAGUAAUCGUACAGGUAUGAGAAUAAAAGCAGCUGGUGAUAGGUUAGAACAAUUGGGUCGUUUAUAG